UAUAUUGUUUCUCCAUUUUGGAUCUGUCGCCGCCCACCUUCGUCUUCCCCUUCUCUUCGAUCUUCAGUUCUCCUUCUGAUUCUUCAGACGCCAUUAAAACAUGCCUUCUCGCUGCGAGAUCUUCUGCGAGAUUCUCAUCGCUAUCUUGAUUCCUCCUUUGGGCGUCUGCCUCAGGCACGGAUGUUGUACUGUUGAGUUUUGUAUAUGCCUUCUCUUGACGUUUCUCGGUUAUAUUCCUGGAAUAAUCUACGCCUUGUAUGCCAUCGUUUUCAUUGAUCGCGAUCAGUACUUCGAUGAAUAUAGGCGUCCUCUGUAUGUGCUGGCCUAGAUUCUUUAGGUAUUUUGCCUCUAUACCAUUUGUGUGCUCUGCUGUAAUUUAAUUUAUCGAAAUUCCAACUGUUCAGUGUGUGAUUGAUCAUCUGUAUCGUGUUCUUCUACCGCCAAUCCCUUGUAUUUGUUGCUGAGUUUGCCUUCCUGAGGGAGGAAUUUAUCUUUCAGAAAAUGCACGAUCACUAUUUGUUUGUUAAAUGUGAAAUUUAUUUAGGGUUCGUUCAUCA